GCCCAGAGCCUUUCUGGGGCCUGGGGGAUCCUCUUGCACUGGUGGGUGGAGAAAAGUGCCUGCAGCCAACCAGGGUCAGGCUAUGCUCACAGUUUCCUCUGGCGGCAUGUAAAGGCUCCACAAAGGAGUUGGGAGUUCAAAUGAGGCUGCUGCAGUCGGCCUGAUGAUGGACCCCGAGCCCUGAGUGGUGCUGCCUGAGCCCCCGACCUGCAGAGGAUGGCACUGAGGUGGCUGCCUCCCCUGCUCUGAGCAAAAGCAGGUUGCAAUCAGCCCGGCAGCACCCAGGCCAGCCCCCACCUCGUCCCCAAAGAGCAGGCUGCAGUCAGAGCCGGCAGAGGCCAGUGAGGCAGUGCUGCUGGGCAGCCAGUACGGCCUGCAACUCGGGUCUCCUCCUGGGGUCCAUGGACAGGCUGCCCUGCUGACGGCCACCGUGAAGCAUGUGAGGAGCUGCCCUGGGAGCCAAGCAGGAGCAAGAGGCUUUCAUAGAUUCCAUCUGCAAAAAGUAACUACCGCAUUGCAAGGACCAUGCGGCCACUGUGCAUGGCGUGCUGGUGGCUGGGACUGCUGGCCACACUGGGAGCUGCUGCAGGCCCAGAGGAUGGCUUUGAGGGCACUGAGGAGGCCUCACAGAGUGAGUUCAUUUACCUCAACAGGUACAAGCGGGCAGGUGAGUCCCCGGACAAGUGUACCUACACUUUCAUCGUACCCCAGCAGCGGGUCACCGGCGCCAUCUGUGUCAACUCCAAAGAGCCUGAGGUUCUCCUGGAGAACCGUGUGCACAAACAGGAGCUGGAGCUGCUCAACAAUGAGCUGCUGAAGCAGAAGCGGCAGAUCGAGACGCUGCAACAGCUGGUGGAGGUGGAUGGCGGCAUCGUGAGCGAGGUGAAGCUGCUGCGCAAGGAGAGCCGAAACAUGAACUCGCGUGUCACACAGCUCUACAUGCAGCUCCUGCAUGAGAUCAUCCGAAAGCGGGACAAUGCGCUGGAGCUCUCCCAGCUGGAGAACAGGAUCUUGAACCAGACAGCUGACAUGCUGCAGCUGGCCAGCAAGUACAAAGACCUGGAGCACAAGUACCAGCACCUGGCCACAUUGGCCCAUAAUCAGUCAGAGGUCAUCGCACAGCUUGAGGAGCACUGCCAGCGGGUUCCCGCCGCUAGGCCCAUGCCCCAGCCACCCCCUGUCACCCCACCCCGGGUUUACCAGCCACCCACUUACAACCGUAUCACCAACCAGAUCUCCACCAACGAGAUCCAGAGUGACCAGAAUCUGAAGGUGCUGCCGCCACCUUUGCCCACCAUGCCUGCCCUCACCAGCCUCCCAUCCUCCACAGACAAGCCAUCGGGCCCGUGGAGAGACUGCCUGCAGGCACUGGAGGAUGGCCAUGACACCAGCUCCAUCUACCUGGUGAAGCCCGAGAAUACCAACCGCCUCAUGCAGGUGUGGUGUGACCAGAGACACGACCCUGGGGGCUGGACAGUCAUUCAGAGGCGCCUGGAUGGCUCUGUUAACUUCUUCAGGAACUGGGAGACAUACAAGCAAGGGUUUGGGAACAUUGAUGGUGAAUACUGGCUGGGCCUGGAAAACAUUUACUGGCUGACGAACCAAGGCAACUACAAACUGCUGGUGACCAUGGAAGACUGGUCCGGCCGCAAGGUCUUUGCAGAAUAUGCCAGCUUCCGUGUGGAGCCAGAGAGCGAGUAUUACAAGCUGCGGCUGGGGCGCUACCAUGGCAAUGCAGGCGACUCCUUCACCUGGCACAAUGGCAAGCAGUUCACCACCCUCGACAGAGACCAUGAUGUCUACACAGGAAACUGCGCUCACUACCAGAAGGGAGGCUGGUGGUAUAAUGCCUGUGCCCACUCCAACCUCAACGGGGUCUGGUACCGUGGGGGCCAUUAUCGAAGUCGCUACCAGGAUGGGGUAUACUGGGCUGAAUUCCGAGGAGGAUCUUACUCACUCAAGAAAGUGGUGAUGAUGAUCCGGCCCAACCCUAACACCUUCCACUAAACCUGCUCCCCUCCUGACCUUGCGUGGCCAUCUCCAGGAGCCCACCCCGGCCUUGCAGGCCCAGCACAACGAGCAACUCCUUGCCAGUUCUUCUCGGGGAUGGGAGGACUAGGACCCUGGACUCUGUUUUCCCAAGUCACUGUGCCAGAUAAAGGAACUGAACUCAUACAGUGUUCUCUGUCCCUCCUACUGUUCUUCACACCAGAAAGCCCCUCAUGUUUCUAGAACGGGACAAGACUGGUGACAACUUUGUUUAAAAGAAAAUGAAGUCUCUACAAUAAAAACACAACUGCAGACUAUCCUUAUAAUAUACAGUGUAUGAGCCUCCCCUGUGCACUUAGGUGUAUACCUCACGUGUAUGCACUUAGACACACGUCCCUUGUGAUAUGUCCAGAUACAUACGUGGUUUGCCAUAUAAACCUAUACAUAUUCUGUUCAAUUCUCAGAUGUUGAAGCUGUUGCUAACAGCUUUGCUCUUAGGAAGAAAACAUUUCCUUCAUGCUAUGUGACUUGAGCCUAUGGGCAGAUCACAGGCUGUGUAGCCCCAAUUCACAGACUAAUCCUUGGCCUGGCAUUGGUGUACUUGGAUUCUUCCAGAAGGUUUUACAAGGCUCAUCUCUCACACAGGGGUUCCUUACAGCACCUCAUCAAAUUUCAUAAUCCCCUUUGCUCUUCAUUUAUAUGCCUUCCCCAUUCUCAGGACUCUUCGUCAUCCCUCCACCCAGUUUACAUUCAUCCAGCACCUGUGCCUCUAUCCCUGGCUGCUCACUGUAGUUUGAGGCACCUCUUCUCUUCCUACCUGUGUCUACCUUUUCUGCCACAGAAACUUUCUUUCCAGGCAAGAUUUUUCCACCUCUGAGAAGGAAACAGGUCAGGCUUGGAUUCUGGCUGGAAAGGGGGAGGCCAGACCAAAAGCUACAGCAGUGACCACAUAGAUUACGUAUUUAGUUUUGUAUCUUCCAUUCAUACUUUAGCUUCCACUUCAUUUUAACCUCCACACAAAUAGCAGCCUUCCUUGCCAGAGACACUCAGCUGAAGCAAAGUUAAUGCCAGAGCAUAGGGGCCCCAAGAUGGCUACAGACUAGAGAUCCCACCAAAGGCAAAUCCAAGCCUGUACCUCAUCCAUGAACUACACUUUCUUGGAGGACAGGGCCACACACAGAACUGGCUGCUUCUCAAGAAUUACUGGAUCACUGGGCCUCCAGAUCCCUUGGUUGGUGCUCUGCAUCACAGCAAGCUUCCUAAGUCCUGUUUGGCUCCACAAUGCCAAGAUGACGGCCAGUCCAGGGGCAAGAGAUGAGUCAGGAGGGGGAGACCCUCCAGGUGGGCACAUAGGUCAGGCCUACAAGGUGAGGGACAUUUGGUACUGUCCAUGUCUGGGUGCGAGACUGUUACCUCAGCAUUUCUCACAAGUGUACCAUGUAGCAUGUUUUGUGUAUAUAAAAGGGAGGGUUUUUUUAAUAUAUUCCCAGAUUAUCCUUGUAAUGACAUGAAUCUGCAAUAAAAGCCAUCAGUGCUAUGUAGAUGGA